GUUAAAAACAACUUCUGGUCCCGAAAAUCCGGACAGGUGCAAGUGCAAUAGUACCCUUGUCAGAAAGAUUUGCUGCUACUGAUCACAAUGGUACACCACUCCCUAAUUUAUUAACAAACCUGUACUGUACCAUGUGCUUCAACUUGUAGAAAACCACUUUAAAUAGAGACGCACAAAAGGUGUAUGUAGAAAAACCACACUGAAAAAGUUCUAAAGAUAAUGCUUUCACAGGAGGUGACAAUGAGUAAUAUUGAUGUUGUUCAACUGCUUAGACCCUUUGUUCAGACUAAAGCUUGGGAUUAUAUUGUUGUUUGGAAAUAUGGAAAUGACCCAACUAGGUUUAUUGAGUGGAUGGGUUGUUGCUGUUGUGGUGGAAACAUGAAUAUCAAAGAGGAAAUGGAUGAAGAAUACCAUUUGGCUCCUAUUUGUAGGGAUUCCCUUUUUCAUCAUUCAGUUAGAACAAAGACUUGUGAGGCUAUUGCCAACCUUCCUUAUGCAAUGUCUCUCUAUUCUGGUGUCCAUGCAGAGGUUGCAAUAUCCCAACAACCAAGAUGGCUUAUCCAUGAGGACUCAACUGGAACCCAAGUUUUGAUCCCUAUUAUUGGUGGUCUUGUUGAGCUUUUCACUGAAAAGCUGAUCCCAAAAGAUAUAUAUAUCAUGGAGUUCAUAUCCGCACACUGUUUUGUCUCUAUAAACCAAGAAGCCAUAUCUGCACAGAGCUACACCAACAUGAACUUCAAUGAGCAUUGUUACACUUUAAAUCCUGGUCUAGCUGGAGAAAACCAUAGCAGCUCUAAUCCUGGCAUUGAAGGACCCUCCAAUGGAUCUAAUCCUUCAACUGAGCACCUAUCAUUCGAUUCAAACUUUGGUUGCUUGAUUCCACAUGAAUAUCUGAAUCAACCAGUUAAAAUAUCUCCUGUACCAAAAGUUAAAUGCCGCAGAUACAAUAAUACUUCAGCGAAAUGUCAGAGUAGUUUGAGUUUCCAUAGUGGCAAUGGAGAAGAAGAUAAAGAAAAAAUUUACAGGGGGGAGCCCAAAAAGGAAGUGUAUCAUGCUAAAAAUCUCAUCACAGAGAGAAAUAGGAGGAAAAGAAUCAAAACCGGGCUUUUUACUCUAAGGUCUCUAGUCCCUAAUAUAACCAAGAUGGAUAGAGCAGCAAUUCUUGGGGAUGCGAUUGAAUAUAUAAAGGAAUUGCAGAGGCAAGAGAUAGAACUUCAAGAUGAGGUCAAGGCUUUAGAAGUUGAGGACUGUGAGAAGAACACACUACAAUUUAGGGUGAAAAGAGACAACGAACAAGAAGAAGGAACCAAAAGUCUACCUCUCACUGCGAUUAAGCAAAAUUCUUCUGAUUCCACUAGAAAUACACAGAUGAAGUUGCAAGUAGAAGUGAAUCGUAUUGGCAGAACAGAUUUCAUGAUUAAGUUGUGCUGUGAGCAUAAGCAAGGUGGGUUUUCAAGGUUGAUGGAAGCUAUAGAUUCAUUUGGACUCAAUAUGGUAAAUGCAAACAUGACCACAUUUGAUGGAAAAGUCCUGAACAUUCUAAUGGUUGAGGCAACUGCGCAGGAUAUUUCCGCAACAAAACUUAGAGAAUAUCUGAUAAAGCAUUUAACAAGUUGAGGAAAAUGGUGGAGUGGUUAUUAACUAUAUAAACUUGUCGGUUAACAACUUGGUUAUCGUCUGUAAAUAAGCAACAGAAAAAGUUGGACUACAAACCUAACUUGAAUAUCCAUUUUUCUUGGAUUCAAAAAAAGAACAAUUGACUAACUCCUGAAUCCUGACAAUGAUUAUGCUACAAAACUGUAUUGUAUGACUAGUAAUCAAUGAUCUUUUCUUGUUUGUGGCUUCAUAUGAUUGCAGAAAGACUCUAAAUUCGUAAUCAUAUAUACUGCUAGAAUUUAUAAUGGAAAAAUAGGCCACCAUAUCAACUAUCAAAACUACUUACAUUUUGGUUAUCAAUUUCACUGUAUCGUUCCUAAUGUGUAGUACGAAAUUCAAAUAUUCCGAAUCCAACAUCAUUAAGAGAUACCUAUCAAACAAAAUUUAUCUUUUUACAAAAAUUGGAGGGAGAAAAGAGUUUAAGUAAUGCUUUUAUACAGUAUUGAUUCUAGCUCAAAUUCUUGUUAGUCCUUGUAAAACCCAAAGCAUGUUG